AUGGCACAAUUUUACGAUGACCCUCUACUCAUCCCCGGUGACUCCAACCUCUGCGAGAACGCGAAAAGCGAGCUUUUCAGUACACACCCUCCCGUCCCCAAGGACCCGGGUUUUCCCCUCUCCAGCAGCUGCUCAGACGUAGACGACCCCGAUGACUCCUUCGACAUCCCAGACACCGAUCCCUCGGAAGGUAUUCCCGACCAAAUUCCGGCAAGUAUAAGGCCCAAACCCGGGCACCUCGGUGGUGUGCUGUGCCAAACCGCAAGCCCUACCUCGACGACACCGUCCAUAUCAUCAUCCAGCCCGGCCGAUUCUUCAACGGCAUCCGAGCAAAGCUCCCAUGAACCCCCUCCCUCGUCGACCACAGACAAGGCAUCCGAUCCAACUGUCGGCAGCGAUUCCUGUAAACAGGCAACUCCCGAGAUACGGCAUGCGUCCAGCCGUUUCGUCCACGACAAGCCCCUGGAGAAUUACUACCGGAUACUCCUCCGGCGCCGCGGGGUCCAGAUAACCUACCACGACCGCAAGACCGCCGUCUCGGGCGGCAGGCGUCCUGGCGCGGAAUGGCGCUGGUGCGGCUUCGACAAGUGCUCCAAGGAAGCAUGCCGGUACAUUGGCGGAGUGGUCGACGUUGAGAACCCUCCUGUGCUCCUCCUCGCGCCGGUCGACCUUGAAGCAGACUACCACCUGUUGAGGGAGCUCAUCUUCGCGUUCGAGGCGGCGGGACUGCACCACAGCGCCUUCGUCGCGUUCGCGACGUCACCGCCCGUGGUUCGGGCGAUGGCGGAGUACAUCUCCUCCGUCAUCGACGGCAAGGGGGUCCUGACGAAGUGCUUCUGGGUCGAGGGCGUGCUUGACGAGGCGGCCGAAAAAUUCAAGGGUGAGGGGUGGGCGCGGGGCCCCAAGGGCACCGACGAUGGCCCGCCUACUUCGCUUACUUCGCAGGGUUCAGCGGACCGUCAUGAUGAGCCUUCGUUCUACCAGCACGGCUCGGAGACGGACACGGCGCGGGACCUCAUGUUCCGGGAGAUGAUGCGCCUCGACGCCUGGCGCCGGAGGCAGGUCGCUGCCGAGGCGUACCCGUGGGACUGGGGCGCAUCUGGCGCGGCGGUGGCGGCCGCGGCGUACAAGAUCGUCAUCGGCGCCUACCGCGAGGCGUAUGGCCGCGGGUACGUGGUGCUCCGGGACGCCGACCAGAACGCGCAGGACCGGAUGUGGACGCUGUGGUGGGACCGGUUUCGGCCGUGGACGGAGUGUAAGGGCCCCUUCGUCGCCGAUCUCGAGGCCGCUGACAUGGGAGCUAGGCACGAGGCCGGACGCGGAGAUGAUGGUGAGGAGGAUGAGAAAGACGACGAACAGAAUCGGGCAACUGUCGCUCCGGAAGUCGACUUGUACGAGGGCGUUGGGCGGUAUAAGGCCUCCUGGUGGCCCAACCAGCCGAGAGCACCUGGGGUGGACUUGUCCCUGGAGCAUUGA